AUGUUUAAAGAAUCAAUAUUUCAAGGCAAUUAAACAAAACUUAUUUGGAGUUAUCUACCUAUGCCAGUCCUCUCUAAAAAAGGAGCUUUGGAUGGAGAAUUUAUUAAAUCAAGUACUAACACUUGUAAAAUAAAAAAAUUCAUUUUGAUACAAAAUAUUUUAGGUUGUUACACAAAAAAAGUAUUCUUAAAUAUAUUUAGGGUCCCAUCAAAUGGAUAAAUUAUGAAAAUUCUUUUAUCGAGAUAACUCGAGACAAAAUGCUUGGAGAAGGGAUAUCUAUAACUAAAGGAGAAACACUUAUUUUAUAUGGAGAAACAGAAAUUUGGUUCAAUUAUAUGAAGAGAUGGUGUAUUUAAUAAGGCUUUUCAAAUACAUACAAAAUAAUGGAGAAAAUAGGCAGAGGAAAUCAAGCAGAAGUAUUAAUAAAUUCUAUUUAGGUGUACAGCUGUAGAUACCAAUUAGGAGAUGAAAAAUUUGCUGUUAAAUAAUAUUCCAAACAUAAAUUAACUAAUAGAUAAGAUAAAAUUGCUCUUUUAAAAGAAAUAUCUAUCUUGCGUCAAGUUUAACAUGAAAAUAUAAUUCGUCUUUAUGAAGUUUUUGAGAACGAAGACACUAUAUAUGUUGUAAUGGAAUUGCUAGAAGGAGGAGAUUUAAAUGAUUAUUUAAAAUAACCAAGUUCAUUUUUCAAUGAAAAAUAGUUAGCUAGUUUCAUAUAUAGACUAUUUAAAGCAAUUUUAUCAUUUCAUAAAUUUGGCAUAAUGCAUCGCGAUAUCAAACCAAAAAAUAUAAUUUUAAGAAAAUAAAGCCUGUCUUAAUUUUGUGUAGCCGAUUUUGGUUUAGCAGAUUAUUAUAAUAAAGAUGGGAAAUAUUUAUUUUAAAGAUGUGGAACUCCUGGUUUUGUAGCUCCUGAGAUUUUGAGAGAUGAAUUCUAUGAUUUUAAAGUUGAUGUUUUUAGUGUAGGUGUAAUAAUGUAUAUUAUAAUUUCUGGGGAGGAACCAUUUGGAGGUGAUUAUAAUGAAACUAUAACAAAGAAUUAUUUGGGGUAGGUUGAUGUAAGCAAUCUAAAAAUAAGUGAAUAAGGAUAAUUGUUUUUGAAAUCAUUAUUUGAAGUUAGACAAUUAAGACCUACGGUUAAAGAAGCUAUGAAUCAUUAAUGGUUUAAAUAGGAAAAGAUUGUGACAGAGAAAUACAGAAUUCGUAUUAAAGAGCCUUAAAUUAAGCAAGUUUAAUUGUUUAUCCCUUCAAUAACAGAAACCACUAUUUCACAUAGUUAGUUUUUAAAGCCUACUAGAACUGCAUCAUCAACGAGAAACUCAAAUUAUCGUUUAAGUCCUAUAGCUUUAAAGAAACCAAAUAAAACUCCAAAUCCAAGCCCAAGUCUCAAGAGGAAAUCCCUCAAGUGA